AUGGCACAAAAUUCAUUUCCCCUGUUCUCUCAGCUCCCACUCGAGCUUCGGCUUCAAAUAUGGCAUCACGCCUUGCCGCCGCCAUCACAAGUUUACGAACUUAGCAUGUAUGCAGCGAAUUUCUACGCAGCUGCAGCGCUGGACGACGAGAUAGAUGAGUGGGCUCUUCCAGAGGGAUAUCUGGGCGAUUUGUGGAAUAUCCUACAGAUCCCAAGACGCUCCACGCCUGGCAUAUAUCAAACCUGCCAAGAGGCACGCAGACUCAGCCGACGACAUUACAUCGCCCAUGAGCGAGGCUGGGAAUUAAACGACACCUCACUUAUCCCCUAUGUUGAGAAACAGCAGCAGCCGGUUAAGGGCGAUGCAACACUUGAUGUUAUCUUUCAUCAUCAAGUGCCUCAUCCAACGACAUCAAGACGCAAAUCACAUAUCUUAUGUUCCAGUGACGACCUCAUCCACUUCUUACCAUUUGACGACAGAUUACGUGACGGCACCGAGUUUUCAACACGAAUCAUCUCAGACGACGAGCUUGUUCAAAGAUUCGAAGGGAUACGAUAUCUAGCCAUCUCAUUACCAGAUCUCGAUGGUUGGCUUUGGCAAUGCCCACGCUCGAGACUGUAUUUCUCUCAGGUGGACGUACUGUUUGUGUUACGGAAAGAGACGGAGUGUUCGGAGAAUUAUAGUAUUAAUUGGGACAACUAUCCGAAACGUGUGAAGAAUUAUUCCGGUCAGGCAACGGAUUCGAAUCCGAUUGCGGCGAAGAGUACAAUGUUUGUGGAGACUUUGGAAGCAGCGGUGCUGGAAAUUGAAAAGAUUGUCACUCGACAGGAAGGUAGUUAG